CUCACGCCCCCGUCGCGAGCUCACCGUGAGGCACCUCCUCCAUCCUGUCGUCCUUGUAGUCGACGCGCUCACCGGAACUAGAGGUGGCGCAUUUCCGCCUUUUGGGCCCAAUCUGACUCUCCAGUGCGCCAAAUUAGUCUCGGAAAUGAUGUAUACUGCGCUCAUGCGUGAAUUCGAUGCCAGGAAGUUUGGACAAUAUGACCCCAGUUGGCCUGAAAGUGAGUGAGGGCCUGGCUCGAAGUCCUUCUCCCCAGCCUUUGUGACACCAUGCUGAGUCACAGAGGUCCUGCCUGUCCCUGAGAGAAGCCCUGGCCCCUUUCCUGGUGAUGCCCUUGCCCCCUGGGCAGAGUUUUGCUCUGGUAGGGCUGAUGAGGAAAGAUGGAGUUUCUUGGAACUACUCAGACUGCCAGUUACUGUGGCCCCAAGAAAGGCUGUGACUCAACCCAGAGGACCUCUGCUGUGCAGACUCCUGUGAUCCAGGAGUGCUACCAGCCCUAUCACCUGCCUGGGUACCGCUACCUCAACUCAUGGAGACCCGGCCUCUUCUACAAGAUUUCCACGGCCCAGACCUGUCCCAAUGAGUGUCGCAGCGGCGCUCUGCAUCCACCCACUGUCCUGCCCACACUCCGCUCUGCGCUCUUCUGUCGCUACAGCCCCCAUGACUGGCACCAGUCCAACCAGCUACAGAUCCGUGCGGCCGAGGCCUCACGGCUAUGGGCCAACCGCCUGACAGGUGAUUCCAUGCAGCUCAUGCAGGACAAGGAGCAGCUAACACGCCAGAUGCAAGAGGGAACCUCCUGGAACCUGGGCCAGAGGCUGUUGGACAUCAGCUUCUGGAAGUCUGAGUUAUGCUACGAGCUGGAUCAGCUGCUAGCUGAGAACCGCAGCCUGGAGACCAUCAAGAGGCGGCUGGAGUGUGCGGCUGAGGAGGUGAAUUGUCCCCUGAAGGUGGCCCUGGAGUGUCUGUACCAUCGGGAGAAAAGGAUCGGGAUAGACCUGGUCCAUGACAAUGUGGAAAAGAACCUUAUCCGGGAAGUAGAUUUGCUAAAAUCUUGCCAAGAACGGAUGAGACAGAUAGCUCAAAGAGUUCAUAUCCAGAUGCGGGAUAACUGAGAUGCUCAGCACGCUCUGGAGAGGGACCUCGAGGACAAAAACUCAGCCCAGUGCAUCGAUGAGAAGUGCUUUAACCUGAGAAACACGUCGGACUGCAUCAGCUACUUCCACGGCAUGGAGAAAGUUGAUGGCACGGUCUCUGUACCUGAGACCUGGGCCAAGUUCAGCAACAACAUCAGGCACUCUCAGAACACGCGGGCCAACUCCAUCCAGCUUCGGGAGGAGGCUGAGCACCUCUUUGAGAACCUGUUGGAUCAGAUGUGGAAGCAGUUCACAGACACCAAUCUGGCCUUCAACACUCGUAUCUCUGAGGAGACGGACGUGAAAAAUAAACUGCAGACGCAGCUGGCUAAGAUGCUGCAGGAGAUCUUCCAGACAGAGAACACCAUCAUGCUGCUGGAGAGGUCCAUCAUGGCCAAGGAGUGCCCGCUGAAGGUGGCCCAGACGCAGCUGGAGUGCCAGAGCCGGCGCCCUAACGUGGAGCUGUGCAGGGACAUCCCACAGUUCAAGCUUGUGAAUGAGGUGUUCACCAUCAAUGACACUCUGCAGACCCUGAAGCUGAGGCUGCGGGAGGCACAGGACACACUGCAGCUGCUCGUGAUGACCAAGUCACGGCUGGAACAUGAGCUGGCCAUCAAGGCCAACACCCUGUGCAUCGACAAGGAGAAGUGCAUGGCCAUGCGCAAGACCUUCCCCAACACCCCUCGCCUGGUUGGCUACACCUGUGCUGUCCCCUGCAUGGGCCCUUGGACCCCCUGCUCUGCCCCAGUUUGCUAAACUGCAUGAAGUUUGAAAGGGCUGGAAACAAAAUACAAGGGUCAUUUUCUCUUUUCUUCCUAUCAUCAAAAUAUAGAUAAAGAGGCAAAAUAAAUGUGCUCAAAUCAAAGCUCCUGGAGCUCCCUCCUUGCUGUGGAUACUCCAUAGGAGGCCUUGCGGGGAGGCAAACUUUGAUCUCUGGACCUUGGAUCUUGUGAGGCUUGGGGCUUUUCCGGGAAUAAAAGAGACAGCCUUCUUCCCCUUCCUUCCUUUCUUCCUUCUUUGCCUUUCUUCCCUUCCUCCUCCCCUUCUUUUUCUUCCUUCUUUCCUUCCCUUCCUUCCUUUCCUCCCGCCCUUCCUGCCUUCACUCCCUCCCUUUUCCCUUCCUCCUUUCCUUCUUCCCUCCUCUCCUUCCUUCCUCCCUCUGUUCCCAUCUGUCCAUUUAGGAUUACAGAGAUAGUUGGAACUCAGAAUCCAGAGCCCAGCUCUGUCACUUAGCUGCUGAGUGGCCUUGACUUGGAUGUGUCAUCUAUGAAAUGCAGUCAGUGUGAGGUGGAGGUGAUAGUCAUCGCUGUAGGACAGUGCCAAAAAAUAGGACUUGGAGUCAGAAGUCCUGAAUUUGUAUCCCUGUGUUGGUAUAUCAGUUUUAUAAAUUGCUAUGGGGAAAAAGGAGACAAAACCAAUUCUCUGGGCUAGUGAAAGUUGGGGGGAACUCUAGGAAGAAGUGGAAUUGCCUCAGACAGUUAGACAUAAAACUACCCUGUGUCACAGCAGCUCAUCUCCUAGAUACACAGCCAAAAGAAUUGAAAGAAGAGGUUUAGACUCCUGCAUGUGGAUGUAAUUAUUAUCACAAGGCAGAAGCCACCUAAAUCAACUUUCAUUCAUCAGUGUAUGAAUGGGAAAACAGAAUGCAGCUGAUGCAUACCACGGAUUAUAAGAAGAGAGAGGCUGGAGGCUGUAGCUGGGGAUAUAGGAGUAAAGGUCUUAAAUACUAAGGAGUUUGAUGGAGGGAUGUGGUGCUGAGCAGGCACAGGACCAAAGGAGGGACUGUGAAUGCAUAGAGGGGCAAACAGAACCGGAAGAAGCCAUGUUGAGAGUAUAGGGAAAGUUGCAAGAGAGGCUAUUCAAAACACCCAGAACCUGGGGAGGUAAGUUGAAUAAAGUAAGCCCUUAGGAGACAGGCAUCUGAAAUAAGCCAUUCACUGGGUACCAUGGAACCCUCUUUCGGAAAGUGAAUUGAUAAUAUGCAUGUAGGGCCUUAAAAAUACCCACCUUCAUUGAUUUAUAAAUGUCUUCUUUGUGUGUGGUACUGGGGACAGGCCCCAGAGUCUUCACACUGAGCUGCAUCCCUAGAUCUUUUUUAAUUUUUUGAGACAGGGUCUCACUAAGUCACUAAGUUGCCCAAGUUGGGCUCGAACUUGCAGUCUCCUGCCUCAGCUUUAUAAGUGUCUUUCUUAAGGCUUUAUCUUUAGACAACAAUCCCAAAUGCAGACCCAGAUGUAUUUGUUAGAGUUUUAUUUUAUCAGGAAAUCACUAUAAGUUAUGUCCCGCAGCAGAGAGAGCAGCUAGGUAAAUUAUAACACAAUCAAGCCAUGGACUAUCAAGUAGUUAAAAAAUGAUGUUUACCAAAAACAGGGUAGGAAAUGGUGAUUGAAACCUGUUUCUAGUUGUGUCAAAAGUGCCCAGGAAGCAAGGUUCUGUUGAAAUCCAUCAGAAUGUUAAUAGAGCGAAUGGUAAGCAUCUGCUGGAUUCUCACGUGCAAAUUUUACAAACUUUAUGCAAUGAACGUGUAUUCCUUUUUUCAUCAAGAAGAAAUGCUUUUUAAGCUUCUUACUUUAUGAUAGUUUUAGAUUUGUAGAAAAGUUGCAAAGACAACACCUAGAGUUCCCUUAGACCUUUACCCAGUUUCCUAGAAUGUUAAUAUCUCACGUAGCCAUUAGUUAUGAAGCAUUUGUCAAAACUAUGAAAUUAAUCUGAUACGUUGCUGUCAACUGCACUCCAGAACUUAUUUGGAUUUCACCCCUUUUUCCAUCAAUGUCCUUUUUCUGUUCUGGGAUCCAGUCUGGGCCAACAUACUGCACUGAGACCUUGAGUGUCCUCAGUCUUCUCUGCUCUGACGAUUGCCUAGUUUUUCUUUGUUUUUGGUGACCUUGACUAUUUUCAAGAGUAUUUGUCCGUUAUUUGUAGAAUGUGCCUGAAUUUUGGCUCGUCUGAUGCUUUCUCAUGCUUAGAUGGUGUGACAGUUAACGGUGGUGUCAACUAGGGUAAGAAAAGCCUAGCUGAUUGGUUUGGCACCAUUCUGAGUGUGUCUGGAUAAUGGACUUUCUGAAGAGGGAAGACCCACCCUGUAUGUGGGUGGCACCGACCAAUAGGCUUCUAGCCUGGAUGGAAUGAAAAGGAAAGAAGGAAGCCUGGCUUCUGCUUCUUCAGAGGAGCUCCGGUCUUCACUGUCACCUUUGGAUGUCCAUCUCUAGGCGUCCAGUGCAGACCAUUCAGCCUUCCAACACAGACCCUUGGACUUCCAGAUAUGGACUCACAUGGCACUGUGCAGUGAGCUCCAGGUCUUUGACCUUGGACUGGACCCUCUGGCUCUCCAGCACACAGGUGACUCUUUUGCAUUUUUCCACACCUAACUCUGCAGGGGGCCAUGUAAGCCUACCUUCUAACUCCUUAAUAUAUCUUAUAUUUCAUAUUAAAUCUAUUCUUCCUAACUGAUAUUAAUUUUGGUCCAGAGAAGUAGGGUCAUUACUGUGAUGACCUGUGUGGUUCAGAAACCUUUGGAACAGAUUUGCAAGAGAAGUUUGAAAAGAUUUGGAGAUGUCAGCUGAAGAAGCAGUCCUAAAAUGCUGUGAGCCAAGCUUGGUGGGAGAUUGUGGUCAGAGCUCAGAAAAAUGCAGCUAUUAAAAAACUAGGCUCAGGAGGUUAAGGGGACAAGGACUGCAUUGACAGUUGGAGUCCAAGUCAUGUGUGUUAUGCUUUGGCAGAAAAUUUGCUAGACUGAGAUUAAGAAGAGUGGACUAAUUAUCUUGAGGAAGAAGUUUCAAGCCAGUCUAAUGUUGAAGCAUUGGCAUGGCUACUGCUGGGGAAUUUUAGCCAGCUAUAUCUUGAGAAUCAACAGCAAGUGGCACAGCUGAGUGAUUUUAAAAGUUUUCAAUUUCACCAGAAAGGAAGCUCGUGUUAAGUUGGGACCUGCAAAGAUGGACCAAAGGAGAGCUUGGUUGCAAAUACUUCACACAGGAAUAUAGGAGAAAUGCCUUGAAAUGUGAGGAACCAAUAAGGCUCCAUCCUUUGGAGGCUCAAAAUAAAAAAAACAACUGAAAGACUUUGCUUUCAGAAGAGAGCCCUAGCAUGCUCCAAAAUGGCAGCUACCUAGAGAACUUGCUCCUCAGGAUUCCAUUCAUGUGCUUAGCCAUCCUGGCACUCAGACCUCCUAUAGCCAUGGUAUAAGAAAACCUGGCUACUGCUCCAACUGGUGGCAGAUCUUGACAUCAUCCACGUAGUGCUGGGUUUAGAUGCAUGCAGAAUGCAAGAGUUUUGGGGUCAGGAAGGCCUCCACCCAGAUUUCAGAAGAAACUCUGGGAGGCCAGACAGUGUGCCCCUCAGAGGGCAGUGUGUGAAGCUGUGAGUAUGAAGCUGAAAGUGCUGCAGAGGACCUAGGAUGUUGGAAAAGCCAGGAACGUGGGUCAUCUGAGGAAACCCACAAGGAGUGAGCAAAGCCAGCCCAAGACAGAAGCCAUGAGGGCUAUAAUCACCGCAGCGCUGCAGAAGAUGGGCCACACAAGCCCUUUGCAGUUCACAUCUCAUCACAACUGGCCCCAGGUGCCGGACAUGGAACUAUAGGAUUUAAUGUUUUUGUGCUGGCUGUAGGUCUUGAUUUGGUCCCAUUCCUUUCUGUCCCCCUAUUUCUCCCUUUUGGAAUGAGAAUGUUUACCCCGUGCCUUUGUAUGUUGCCGGUGUUUAUGCUUCUUUUCAUGUUUUUUAUAGAGGCUCACGGCUAAGAGUUUGCCUUAAAUCUCAGAGGAGACCUUGGACUUGGACUUUUCAGCACUGCUGAAACUGCUAGGACUUUGGCAGCUAUUAGAGACGGACUAAACACAUUUUUCACGAAAGGAUGCACAUGAGUCUUUUGGGGGCUAGUGACGGAAUGUUAUGAUUUAUCUUUAGAUGUCCACCCAAAGCCCCAUGUGCUCCUACGUGGGGCUUUUGGGAGGUAAUUGAGGCAUAAUACUGUUCACUGGGUAAUCCACUGAUGAGUUUAUAGCUAAGUGUGAUCUUGGGAGGUGAAGCCUGGUUAGAGGAGAGGGGUCACUGAGAACAUGAACUGGGUGGGUCUUAUCUCUCUCCUUCCUCCCUUGAUAGUUUUCUUCCUUUGGCCACCCUGCCAUGAGCUUUUUCUCCACUGCCAUGCCGUUCUGCCGUGCUGCCCUGCCUUGGAGCCAGAUGACUAUGGUUGUGUAUGAAACCUCUACAAAAUGUGAGCCAAAAUAAACCUUUCCUUCUUUAAGUUGUGGAUGUCAGUUAUUGUGGCCCAGCAAUGAGAAAGUAACUAAGGCAGAUGGGGAGGAUGGAUUUGGAGGAAGAAAGCCCCUUUUAGGUGAAAUACACAUGAGGCCCACCCAACAUCCCAGGCAACGUCAGCCUCCAUCACUUGGUCAAGUGGUGGCUGCUGAGUUUCUCUAUGGUAAAGUUACUCCCCUGAGAUGAGAGGUUCUUUGGAAAACUCUGUAAGCUCAGCACAAACUGAGGGUGGGACAUCCAGCUCUGCCUCCUGUAGAUAAUGGAGCAUCUGUGUUUGUUAUUUGCAACUCUUAUGGGAAAAAGAAUUCCCUUUACUUCCUUUUAUGUAUUUAUCCUAUCAUCUGUUUGAGCUUUAAUCCAGCAUUAUAUCAGUGCUCAACUUGUUCUAACUUUAGUCAUUGGAGAUCCUGGUUCUUUUUUUUU